AGAGGAGGCGCUGAGAGAGGGAGAAGGAGACGUUGGGUCAGAGCAGGUAGGAGAUCCUUACCUGAAAAAGUUUCAGUUUCAUUGAAGUCUUUGCAAUAGCUGUUAUCUCAUCUGUUGAUUCUGAAUUGUCACCAAUGAAGACAUGUGAGCGUGUUGCAAAUCUGGCUCUAGCAGGGUUAACUUUGGCACCGCUUAUCAUUAAAGUUGAUCCAAAUUUGAAUGUAAUUCUGACUGCAUGCCUGACGGUGUAUGUGGGUUGCUACCGUUCUGUCAAGCCAACACCACCUUCAGAGACAAUGUCAAAUGAACAUGCCAUGCGCUUCCCUUUGGUCGGGAGUGCUAUGCUUCUCUCAUUGUUUUUACUCUUCAAGUUUUUGUCAAAAGACUUGGUUAAUGCUGUACUUACAUGCUACUUCUUUAUGCUUGGGAUCAUUGCACUUUCCGCGACAUUGUUACCUGCGAUUAGGCGUUUUCUUCCAAAACACUGGAAUGAGAACCUCAUUGUCUGGCAUUUUCCAUAUUUCCGUUCUGUGGAGCUAGAGUUCACAAAAUCUCAGAUUGUUGCGGCAAUUCCAGGAACUUUUUUCUGUGCAUGGUAUGCUUCACAGAAGCAUUGGCUGGCAAACAAUAUACUGGGGCUCGCAUUCUGCAUUCAGGGAAUAGAAAUGCUCUCUCUUGGUUCUUUCAAAACUGGCGCCAUCCUUUUGGCUGGAUUGUUUGUGUACGAUAUCUUUUGGGUCUUUUUUACCCCUGUGAUGGUUAGUGUUGCAAAAUCUUUUGAUGCCCCUAUAAAGCUUUUGUUUCCAACAUCAGAUUCUUCUCGACCCUUCUCCAUGCUUGGGCUUGGGGACAUUGUUAUCCCAGGUAUUUUUGUUGCAUUGGCAUUGCGUUUUGACGUCUCAAGAGGAAAGGAAAAUCGAUACUUCAGUAGUGCAUUCUUCGGAUAUACAGUUGGUGUGAUCCUUACAAUUGUGGUGAUGAACUGGUUCCAAGCUGCGCAGCCUGCACUUUUAUAUAUUGUACCUGCUGUUAUUGGGUCUCUGGCUAUCCACUGCAUGUGGAAUGGGGAAGUAAAACUGCUGUUGGAGUUUGACGAGUCAAAGACUGCAGCUGAUUCCAGCAGUAGUUCUGCAUUGCAAGAAGGUCAGGCUACCGGUGGUGAAGCGAAAUCCAACAAGAAAGCCGAUUAAUGGUUUCUCUCAGUUGCCAAGCCUUCUAAUCCGGGUAAGAAAUACAUGCCAUUGUGGUUUACAUGGAGCAUUCUGGUGCCUUGGACCUUGACUACUAACUCACAGAAUUAGGCAAAUUGCAUUGUAACAGAUUUUGGUAUUAAAAGCAAUAAUAAAUUUAUAUAAUUAUUUAAAGUAUACUUAGAUAUUUGGUGGA